UUGAGGGCUUCGAAACGGCCUCCAUGUGUAUUUGAAAAUUUGUCUCGACUUGAAGAGAUUCCUGCGCCGGAUUUGGUUCUUUAUAACACUAUGAUUUCUGGAUACUCGCAAAGUGAUGGUUUUUCUGAAGAUGCUAUUGAUUGCUUGCGGCAGAUGCAACGUGUUGGUUACUACCCUGAUGAUUGCAGCUUUGUCUGUGUGAGUAGUGCAUGCUCUAAUUUGUCAUCGCCCUUCCAGGGGAGGCAGAUACAUGUCUUGGCAAUCAAAUCUGAGGUCCCUUCGAAUAGAAUUUCCGUGAAUAAUGCUCUAGUUGCAAUGUACUCAAAAUGCGGGAAUCUUCAAGCUGCAAGAAGGUUGUUUGAUAGGAUGCUGGAGCAUAAUACUGUCUCUUUGAAUUCGAUGAUUGUAGGUUAUGCACAACAUGGGAUGGGAAUGGAAUCAUUGCGCCUUUUUGAACAUAUGCUUCAGAUAAAUGUUCCUACAAAUAUAACCCUUAUUUCUGCUUCUGCUUGUGCUCACACUGGAAAACUUGAGGAUGGUCAGAAGUACUUCAGUAUGAUGCAGGAGAAGUUCAGAAUCGAACCAGAUGUAGGACAUUAUUCAUGCAUGAUUGAUCUUUUGGGUCGAGCAGGCAAGCUGAGUGAAGCUGAGAGGCUCAUUGAAGCAAUGCCGUUCAGCCCUGGCACCAUUGGUUGGGCUACAUUACUCAGUGCGUGCAGAACACAUGGAAAUAUUGAACUAGCAGUUAAAGCAGCCAAUCAGUUUCUUCAGUUGGAACCUUCAAAUGCUGUUCCGUAUGUUAUGCUGUCGAAUAUGUAUUCUAGAGCUGGAAAAUGGGAUGAGGUAGCGAAAAUGAGAAAGUUGAUGCGAGACAGAGGAGUGAAGAAGAAACCAGGUUUAAGUUGGAUUGAGGUGAAUAAGUGAAUACAUGUUUUUGUGGCUGAAGAAAGCUCCCACUCAAUGAUUAAAGAAAUUCAUGAAUACUUGGAGGAGAUGUCAAGGAAAAUUAAGCAAGCUGGGUACGUGCCUGAUGUAAGAUGGGCAUUAGUAAAGGAUGACGAGACUGUUGAAGGAGAGAAGGAGAUAAUGUUGGGGCAUCACAGUGGAAAGUUAGCAGUUGCAUUCGGUUUGAUCUCGACUAGAGAAGGGGAACCUAUACUUGUGGUGAAGAACCUGAGGAUAUGCGGUGAUUGCCACAAUUUUAUCAAGUUUAUCGCUGCCAUUGCUGGAAGAGAAAUCACUGUGAGGGAUGCCCACAGGUUUCAUUGCUUUAAGAAAGGGCAGUGCUCUUGUGGGGAUUAUUGGUGAUAUUCAUGAGCUCUAGUUUUCUCUUUUCGUAAAUUGAAGACCGUGAUCUGCAAGCAUGAAUGAAUUUUAAAGAAAAGCA